AUGAGUGAAACUAAAUCAAAAGAUAGCUAUCAAAAAUAGAAUCUAAUCAUUGUUGGAUAACAUUAUGUAUUGAAAACUUGCAUAUACAGAGGUAAAAAACAUAAUUGGUAUUUGGGUAAUCCUUAUAUAUUUAUACUUUUAUAUUUACAGCCAUUAAUCAAGUUUAACCAGGUAACUACUUCAUUGUCAGAUUGGUAAUGUAAAUAAUUCUUUAAAUUUUAUUGUUAGUUCAUUUACCUGAUAGGCAAACACAAACAUUGACAGUUUAUAAGAGGAAGAAAAACUACUUAAAAAGUUGACUAAUGGUAAGUAUUUAACUUAUAAUAUUUUCAGUUCCAUAUAUACCUACACUCUAACUUUCAGGAGAUAUUCGUCUUCAGAAUACUAAUUAUUAUUAUUAAGUAUUUGACAGAUAUGGACCAAGUCUUAAACUGUGUUUCUAAUUUGUUAAUUAUGAAUUCACAUUACCAACCAUUUGUAUGAUUGCUAUACAAAUUGUAAAUUGUAAAAUCUCUUAUUUAGUUAAAUAUUCUCGAAAAACUCCAUAAUCAAUCAAUAGUACAUUGCAAUCUUAGACCAAAAAAAAUAUUAACACAACUUGGCAAAAAUGAUUUAGUACUGAUUGAUUUCUAACAUUCUACUAAAUACAAACAUAAAAAUGGUAAAUUUAUAGGAUAUGCUUCCAAAUUUUCUAAUCUCAAUAAAUUAACCAAAUAUUCUAGUCUAAAUUAACAUUUAGGUUUAAGUAUAUAUUUCUAUUUGUAUAUAUAGCUGCUUCACCAAAAGAUGAUCUAGAAUCAUUAGGAUUUAUAUUGAUGUAUUUCCUUAAAAAAGGAGAUUUGUUUAAAGUUAAAGAAAAUGGAUCUAAAAUUAAAAAAAUGGAAGAAUAAAAGUUGAGAAUGAUUCCUGAAAAAUAUUGUAAAGAUAUGCCUAUAGAAAUUCUUUAAUAUUUUUAAUUUAUUAGAAUGACUAAUGUUUAAUAAUAUCCUUUAGGUGAUUAUGAAUUCCUAAAAAAACUCUUUAGAAAUUUACUUCAGUAAUUGAAUAUUAAUGAAAAAGAUUUUUAAUAUGAUUGGGUAAUAAUAUAAAUUAUAUACUAUUUCUAGAUUAAAAAAAUGAAUUUGUAAUAAUCAAGUUAACAAUAAUUUUAAUAACCUUAAAAAGACUCAAAUAAUCAAAAUACAAAUUAAACUAAAAUAAUUAUUCAUUAACCUCAAAAUUUAGAAGGUAUAUAAGAAGUACAAACUGAAUUAGAAAGAUCCUCAAUAAAAAGAGAAUUUUAUAGAUAAAUUUCAUCAUUAUGUAUUUCUGAUGAAGAAGACAAGUAAUUUGAAAGUGUUAGCACAAAAAUGUUAUAACUACCAAAUAUGUUUGAUUUAAUCAAACUAAAAAGUUGA